AUGGCUUACCGAACCAACUUUGAUCAAACGCCACCAUUCUCCAUUGCUCCUCGUCAGUGGUGGUCACGUCCCAUGAUGACUAUCCCGCCAUCUACUGAACGUGACUCCAAUUGCAAAGAAAUGGCGGCUAUGUGUGCACCCUUCUGCGGCGGCAUAUUCACCUUUGUCCUCAUUAUCUUGAUAUUAUCCUUCAUCGACAAAGCUCACCUCCACGCCAAAAUCUCCCUCCAGUCCCUCGCAGUCUCCUCCGCCACGUGGCAAGGCGAUUUUCUCGUGAAAAAAACCGAGCUCGAGGGGAAUCGAAGCGACGUCGUUUCAGGAGAUCUGGACAUCAAACUCAUGGCGAAGCAUAAGCCUUAUAUGGGUUGUGAUGAAGCUGGACACUUAAAUAUACGGUGCCAAAAUGUGAAUCGAGGCCGUGAGAAGAUUAUAUGUGAAUCCUCUUUUACAGAUUUGAAGUUGUUGAUAUUAAGGAGACCACAAGGUUCAUGGUCCGGAGGGACAAUUGGAUAUCUCGACUAG